GUAUAAUCAUCACAUCGGAUCCAGAUCUGAUGUAAUCUGAAAAUAUCACAGACCAAUCUAAACUCGGACCGACAAAAAUUUCAAUUAACUUCGGUUUAGUUGCCGGCGGUAACCGGUCACCGGCGAGACCGGCAGAUGUCUCGGAAAAGACGAAAGAGUUUUAUGUUUUUAGCCAAGCCCUCUCUACUUUUUAGUGCCGUCUUCAUUUUUUCAACGCCUUAGCUUUUUUUACAAUAGAAGAAGAAUCUAAACCUUUUGUUUUACCAGAAGAAUACUCUCUCCGUCUACCAAAGUGUUACCAACGAUGAGGAGGUGCCUUUCCAAAAUCACUGACUGGCAAAUGGGUUUCAAGAAUUUGAACUUUUUCUUGGUUGGGUCAAGUUCAGUAUCAAGAACCAUUGAGCGUUCAUUUAGCAGUAAUGCAGCUCAAGUUGAUCAGACAAAAGACAACCCUGUCUCGGACAUGUUGAUUGAUUCAUUUGGUCGGUCACAUACCUACUUGAGGAUAUCUUUGACGGAGCGUUGUAACCUCAGGUGUCAGUAUUGUAUGCCCUCUGAAGGCGUGGAACUUACUCCUAAGCCUCAGUUGCUGUCACAGUCUGAGAUUGUUCGGUUGGCUGGUCUCUUCGUUUCCUCUGGUGUUAACAAGAUUCGGCUGACAGGUGGCGAGCCCACGGUUAGGAAAGAUAUAGAGGAGAUUUGUCUGCAGUUGUCUAGCUUGAAAGGGCUUAAGAAUUUGGCUAUCACUACCAAUGGUAUCACUCUUGCGAAAAAGCUACCAAAGCUUAAAGAAUGUGGGCUCGACUCGAUAAAUAUCAGCUUGGAUACUCUGGUCCCAGCGAAGUUUGAGUUUCUGACUAGACGUAAAGGGUACGAGAGGGUUAUGCAAUCGAUUGAUGCCGCUAUUGCUCUUGGAUACAAUCCAGUAAAGGUGAACUGCGUUGUGAUGAGGGGAUUGAAUGAUGAUGAGAUUUGUGAUUUCGUGGAGUUGACACGCGAUAAGCCGAUCAAUGUCCGGUUCAUCGAGUUUAUGCCCUUUGAUGGGAAUGUUUGGAAUGUAAAGAAACUUGUGCCUUAUGCAGAAGUGAUGGAUAAAGUGGUAAAGCGUUUUCCGAGUAUAAAACGUAUGCAAGAUCACCGGACUGAAACAGCUAAGAACUUUACGAUCGAUGGGCAUUGCGGUUCUGUAUCUUUCAUCACAUCCAUGACGGAACACUUUUGUUCUGGCUGCAAUAGAUUAAGAUUACUUGCAGAUGGGAACUUCAAAGUGUGCUUGUUCGGCCCUUCAGAGGUUAGUUUAAGAGAUCCUCUCCGCUCUGGUGCUGAUGACGAAGCGCUAAGGGAAAUUAUAGGCGCUGCUGUGAAGAGGAAGAAAGCCGCACACGCUGGAAUGCUUGACAUCGCCAAGACAGCUAAUAGACCAAUGAUUCACAUCGGUGGCUAAAACACAGCUAAUGUUGAUGAAUGAAGUUCUUGGAACAUUGAGUUUUAUAUCUUGUAACAAUCUUAUCUCUCUGCUGGUGACAGAACUUUUUGCAGACAAGAAUACUGAGAGUUUCUUCUCAAUGCUCUUAUCUGUAUACGUAACAGACACUGUACAGGAACUCCGAAUUUAAAUAUCAACUUUUUCAGUCCGAUUACAAAUUCCUUAUUUAUGAAAGAAUAAUCAAAGCAAAUUUACGCAUCAGCCACGUGUGUACUUACACAAAAAUCAAACGAAAACCUCUUACAAUAAGCGAUAUUGACCAAAUGAUCAACGCAGUAAGUACUGUAUUAAAAUUGAGUUUCGAAUGCACGUACUUUAUUCUUGUAAUAACUCUAAUAAUUAUAUAUUUUGUUUAAUAGCUAUUUUCCCAAUAAUUAAAUUUAGUUCAAGUAGAAACCACGCAAGGUUUCCUGCAAAUGCAAUGACGGAUAAAUCCUCCGCAUCGACCAUCGGUGAAACCUUCACCUUCACUUAGACAUACGAAUUUGCAAGUCCUCCAUUUUACACACAUUCCUCUAAAAUCUAAGCUUUUUGCUUCGCACAUUUGUGGUCUUUGAACCAUUUUCACACCUGGCGCCGUAAACAAUAUGGCUACGAAGAAGAGUGUAUAGAUUAAUUGCAUAAAAUUCUUCAUUUUUUUUAGGAAUUUUAAACAAAAAAACUAGAAUUUAGAGAGAAAGAAAGUAGAGCUAUGAUAUU